AUGACACUCCCAACCUCUGAAGAGCACCCAAGUUGCUUUCCUGUUAUGAGCUUUUUGCACGUACCAGGUAAGAUGUCACAACCAUUAUGGUUAAUGAUGGGAACGGCCUUUCUCCUUCGGACGGGACAUGCUGCUGGCGGGAAUAGGCGAUUUUUCCUUUCAGCGAAGCACACCUUUGCCCCAUGGGAGUAUCUUGGGAGUCCUGAUAAGCUGAAGAUACCAGAGGCGUAUCGCAAGACGCGAUUUGUUAUUGGACGAUUGUACCUGACGGACUGCAAAGGGAAGGCGAUGGCCACCAGCGCAGCGGAGCUACAAUUAGUGGCUCUCCAUCCUACACUUGAUGUUGCGCUGUUGGCUCUGCGGGCGCCACCACCCUCACUAUCAUUAUCAUCAUCAUUAUCAUCAUCAUCACCAAUAUCGUCAUCAUCAUCAUUAUCAUCACCAGCGGCUGGUGAUUCGAAAGGACCCGAGUCUGAUGUCCACGUGGCGGUGGAGCGGCGGGCGGCGUUGACGGGUGGAGGUCUCACGUUGUCCCCGUCAGAUCCACAAAAAGGUGAUGUUUGUGUGGUGCGGGGUUACGGCGGCGUUGGGCCGCUGGGGCUUUUGGACACCACCGAUCCGGAGUUGCUGCAGCGACUGCCAGCAGCGCAGCGCGAUGAGCUUCUCGCGGCACUGAAAUGUGUGGAGGGACAACAAGUCGCGGCCACUGCGGCAGUGGAGGUGCUGCACGCAAGUGGGAUCUGUCGCGCUACACACGGCCGCUGUUAUCACGGCAUGUCGGGCGGACCAGUACUUGUGAAUGAUGAAAUGUGCGGCGGCAUUCUGUACGGAAAGCAUGCGGAGCACACAGAGCAUCUCGGGUACACGCCUGCGCAUAGCUUUAGCGAAUGGCUCUCGUGUGCUACAGGGACUGGGUAG